AACCAAAGAGCAAGAAGGAAAGACAUGGGGAACUGUAUGAGGCACGAGGAAUCGUCGUCGUCGGUGAAUUGGGGAGGCGAGGAUUGGGGGUCUCUGGCAAAUGAUGAUCGAGAUCACAAGCAUAUGAGGAAGACAAAGGUGGUAGUAGAAGAAGAGGGGCUUCUUGGAGGUGAAGAUGGUGGUGAAUUUGGUUCUUAUGAUUCUUCGAAGACAAAAAUUCCGCUACCAGGAGCUUCGGAAGUGAAGAUAAAGAUGACGAAGAAGCAGCUUGAGGAGUUGAUGGGUAGGAUGGAGCUGAAGGAAAUGACUGUGCAGCAGGUUUUGGCGCAGUUGAUCAUUAGCGUUAGUAGUAGUGCUGAUCCAUACGAGACUGAUCAUCAGCGGCCGUGGAGGCCUGUCCUUCAGAGCAUUCCUGAGGUCAAUUGAUUAUGAUAUCAUCGAUCAGUAAUCGGCCAUGAUCAUUUUACCUCUAGCUUUGUAUAAUUAUGUUGUCAAUAUUGUAAAAAAGUUGCUCAGUUCUGUAAAUUCUUUAGAUGUUAACUCGUAGAUGUAAACUAAUCACACAAUUUUGUUUUC